AUGGACCUAUUCUCCGCCGCCUGCGAGAACUUCGGGCUGGUUAUCAACACGCAGAAGACGGUGGUGAUGCACCAACCGCCUCCCAACUCAGCCACAGCCCCCAACGCGCCGCCGCAAAUCAGCUCGAAAGGAACUCAACUGCAAGUGGUGGAGAACUUCCCGUAUCUGGGCAGUACCCUCUCCCGCAACACCAAGAUUGAUGACGAAGUCGCCAACAGGAUUUCGAAAGCCAGUCAGGCCUUCGGACGCCUCCGGAGCACAGUCUGGAAUCGCCACGGUCUCCAACUGAGCUCAAAGCUGAAGAUGUACAAGGCCGUCAUCCUGCCGACUUUACUGUACGGAGCAGAGACAUGGAUGGUGUACACGAGACAGACACGCCGACUGAACCACUUCCAUCUCAGUUGUCUUCGUCGCAUCCUGAGGCUGAACUGGCAGGACCGCAUAUCCGACACCGAAGUGCUGGAACGGACGGGAAAUCUGAGCAUCUACUCCAUGUUGAGACAAAUGCAGCUGCGAUGGAGCGGCCACCUGGUGCGCAUGGACGACGAGCGACUACCCAAACGACUCUUCUACGGAGACGUCGCGACGGGGUCUCGUCGUCAAGGAGGCCAAAUUCGCCGUUACAAGGAUACUCUGAAGUCCUCCCUGAAGCGCCUGCAAAUCAACCCGACCAACUGGGAAGAGCUCGCUCGCGAUCUUCCGACAUGGAGGAGAACAGUGAAGACGGGCGCUGCUAUCUAUGAAGCCAACCGAAUCGCCGCCGCCAAAGCGAAACGCGAAGCCUGCAAAUCACAACUUCGCCCUGUCCGCAACGCCGCCGCACAACCUCCCCCUAUGUGUCCUCGAUGUCAACGGACAUUCCGGACACGAAUCGGACUUGUUGGACAUCUCCGAACCAACUGCACCUCUCGAACUGCUCCAGCCAUCGUCCCCCCGCACGCCUCUUCCUCGUCCUCUCUUCCGCCAACUAACUCUGACACUCCUUCUGCACCACCACUUCCAUCCUCCUCCUUCUCCUCCACUGCCCCAGCGGUGGCCGUUCAGGCUGCCGUCUCACACAUCACCAACCCCGACACAACAACCGCCACCACCGCCAACCUCUCCCGAUUCCAGUGA